AUGACGCCAAGAGCAAGGACCACAAGAGCAACAACGCCGAGGUCGGGGUCUUCAGAUGUGACCGCCCUUCUUCAACGCGCCGCCGAAGUACUCCAAGUCCUCGGCUCCCUUGAUGCCUCUACGCGGGACGAAAUAACCAUCAUCAAGAUCUCCGAGCCUAUAUCAAGCGCAUUACACUCAGCUGCAACCAAGAAUGCCAGCAGCAACAGCGGCAAUGACGAAUCACAUAACCAGCAACCAAGCACCGCCGCCCCGCGCACCUCAGACGUUUCCGCCCACAGCGCUUCCUCCGCGCUCGACGCGCCCACACCCGCCAGCCUCGAGGCCGAUCUAGCGCACUACAAGGAACUUUUUGCCAAGCUCCGCUUCUCCUACGUCGAACAGGUCACCAAAGAAAAAUUCAUACGCGCCAUCGUCGGCGAUCCCCCUUUGAUCGUCACGCCCCAAGAAAAUGCAGACCUCGAGGCGAGCAAUAUGGCCGCCAAGGCUUCGCUCAAGGCGCUCAAGACCGAAGUCGCCCUGCUCGUCGAAGACCUCGAGUCCCGCUCGCGCGAGCUGGCAGCGCGGUACGAGCGCGUGAAGCUGGACCGGGUCAAGCUGAGGGAGCUACCGGGGAAGAUGGAGGAGCUGCAGAAGAGGGUGGAUGAGUUGCGGACGAAACAGGCCAUCCAGCCAGGGAGCCAGCCGGAGAUGAAUCUGCCGCUGGCGAAGACGGCGGUGUUGGUGGAGGAGCGAAGGCAGAAGGUUAGGGAGCUGGAGCGGCAAGUGGAGCAGCUGUCGAGCUUGGCGCCGAGGAAGAGAAAGGAGAUGGAACGGCUGCAGAUGGAGGUUACGGCUUUGGCGGCAAAGAGGGCGCAGGUGAGCGCAGCAGCAAGGGAGGCAAAGAGGCGGAGGGAGAAUGCGCAGAAGGCGGGUGAGACGUACGAUGAGAUGGAGGCUAAAGGGAGGUGGUAUCGGGCGAGCGAGGCUGCUUUGAGGGAAAUGCUGGGCUUGAAGGAGUAA